CGCUACCCGGCCGCUACUCAGUCUCAGCUCCACCGCCGCCCCCAACCUCGCGAUGGCGCCCAAGCGGCCGCUGGAGGCCGUGCCGACGGAGCAGGAGGGACCGCGGUCCCCGAGGAAGCGGCUGCGCCGGACGGUGCUCCUCAUGAUGUGGCUGGAGAGGAGGAGUGCGAGACCGGUCACCGUCGAGCAGCUGGCGCACAUGGUUCGCCAGUUCACGGGGCUCGCCGCGCGGCUUGGCUCCAUGGAGAGGCUGCUCCUCGACCUCCCCAACAUAAUCCACAGAUUGUUGGCGGAGCAGCUUGCUUCUUUUCAGUUUCAGAGUUCUUUGAUCGUAUCCAUACAAGAUAUGAUUCGGUCAACGGUACAGACAGAGGUUAGAGUCUGGAUCUUCAUCCGUGUAAUAUAUUUUGCAUAUCUGUACCUGCACUUUAUCCCAACUCAAUGUUGCUACGUCAUGUAAUAGAAGCAGGGACGACAAGCAGCUCCGCUUCCUACUGUCAUUAAUGACCCUCCUAGGUAUCUGCCAUUUUUUCCUUCUUAUUAAAGGGCAACCUGGUGCAUGUAGCUCCCGCUUGCGCAGGGUCCAGGAAAGGGUCCGACCACUUUGAGUCUAUAGUACGCAGCCUUUCCCUACAUUUCUGUAAGAGGCUGUUUCCAGGACUUGAACCCAUGACCUCAUGGUCACAAGGCAGCAGCUUUACCACUGCGCCAAGGCUCCCCUUCUUUUUCCUUCUUAUUGUACAUGUUUUUUAUUUAUGUCUUGAUUCUUACUGUCAACUCAAGUAUUUGCUUUCUACAUAAUCUGGGAAUUUUCCUUUUGUUACUAUCUCACUCUCAUCUUAUUUAAAAAUUUAGGCAGAUGUCAGAAGGUUUCUCUAGAGUCAAGCUGCGGUUUGUCGAUGUUGACAGACCAAAAGAUCCACUUUUCACUGGUUGCCCAGUAAAAUGGCAGAAUGGAAGAAACGCUAAGGUAGCGAUAUUUGGAAAUGAUAGGCAAAUCACACAGGGCGACCUUUCUAAAUUGAAAAUUGAGAUUUUAGCAGUCCAUGCUGAUUUCUUUACUGAGCAAGGACAAGAGGACUUCACCAAAGAGGAAUUCAACAAGCAGAUAUAUAUGCACAAAGGGAAAGAGUCAGUCUUGAAAACUGUUAAUCUAGCAAAUGGUGAGGCAUAUAUUGGUCCCUUCUCCUUUACAGAGAGCUCCCAGAGGAAAAGGUUAAGGUUGACAGCACGAGUGAAAAGGCAGGUUCAUACUACCAGAGUUCAGGAAGCAAUCAGCGAUCCUUUUGUUGUCAAAGACCGCCGAAGCGAAUCAUAAAGUGAACAACUGGAAAAAGUCUGCGUAUAAGAAGUUUGACGAGCGCGAGAGCUCAGGGCAUCUUACCCCUGAUUACUUCAUGAUCAAUGGCCGCCCAGUCCGUGCAGUGCCCCAUGAUGCGGGUCCUUCGGUACAAGAAUUUGGUGAUCGACGUCCAUUGAAUGGGUGCUCACAGCCGGCAGUCCUGUCAAACAACGACGCUGGUCCUUCAAACCAAGAAACGCUGCCGUUUUCGCAGCCCACAUAUGAACAGAGUGUGCAUCAAGGACUUGACCAGCACGAUCCUUGUACGUCACAGAGUGUAUCUCCUUACUAUCUGGCCCAGGGAAAUUUCAUAAAUGAUCAGGGACAGGGAUCAUUUUCAGCAGAGCCAACUAUUCCGUCCCACAUUCUUGCACCAGUUCCAGAGGAUGACCCGAUCACAUUCACAGCUGCAAGUCUAACUGGCCAACAGAAUGGACACUUCAGCUUCUCGACAACUAAUGCUCCUGGUACUUCUUAUCCUGCAGCAGUGUUGGGUGCUGAAGGUGUUGCUGGGACUUCCUCAGAUGGAGUUAGUCUGGGAACCUCUUCACCUAACCAUGUGCAGACUGACAUCCUCAGUGGGUUAACUCCGAUUGAAUUCCAGGUAUGGCUAGAACUACAAGCAACUUUGGUAGACCAGGAUUUUGCACAAACUAACAGCGAACUGCUGAAUUCCGACAGCCAAUUUCAUGGUUUUGAACAUGACAGACGCGACCGCUGACUAAACAUGAAGCAACUGCAACAGGCUGUCCUCUACCAUAGUCAAGUAUUCAGUGUAACUAAAUAUUUGGUUGUAGAUAUGAAUAAUUUGUAAAUAGCAACACGUAUUUUUUCAGAUUGCUCCAUAUAUGCUAAAUUUGCUCCUGUUGCAGUAGACAUAUGUCUUGUACUAUUCUUAAAGAGCAACUGUUAGAGUACAUAAUGGGCCUAAUGGACCCGUUAGUCUUAGGGUUAAUUAGAGAUAAGAGUCGCUUUCUUAGGGGUCAAGUAAGCCUUGCUUGGGAGUCAAGUAAACCUCUCUAUAUAAAGAGAGGAGAUGUAUCA